AUGGAAACCCCAUCUGUUAAUAAAACGCGAAAAGAUUAUUCAAAAACUUCGAAUGCCCCACAUUUUAAAUCUUCGUUUGAAGAUGUUCUAGCUAGCCUUCAAGAAAAUCAGGAAAAUGAAGAUCCAGAAAACAACAGCACGAAUAUCAAAGAGCAGCGUCAACAGAAAUGGUCUCGGCCUAAAGUACCUGUUAUAAAUCCAGCUCAGGAUCAUAUAAGUAGGAGAGCGUAUUACUUUUUAUAUUUUUGUCAAAAUGACUUAACUCUUCCUGUAGUAUUUCAGCAAAUUGAAAUUGAUGAAUAUAAUGAUUUGAAUACGAGAAGACCGAUUAUCCGCUUAUAUGGAGUUACUGAGCGAGGGAAUAGUGUUCUCUGUCAUGUAUCAGGCUUUUUGCCAUAUUUUUACAUUCCAGCACCUGUUGGUUUUAAAGACAAUGAUUUGCCACAUUUUCAGAGGAAUCUCGAGCAAACUCUUACUGGAGCUGGAAGUAAAAUAUUUAGAAUUGAGAUAGUGAUGAAAGAGAGUAUAUGGGGAUAUCAUGGCAAUCAGAAAAAUCCAUUUCUCAAAAUCACCUUUAACGACUCAAAAAAUUUAACAUUCGACAGUAAUAUUUCAUAUGUAAUGCGAUUUAUGAUUGAUAAUAAGAUAACUGGUGCAAAUUGGAUUGAAUUGCCCGCAAACAGUUAUAAAAUUUUCAUUGAAGCUCGGAAAACCUCCAAUUGUCAACUUGAAAUAGAGACCAGCUACAAAAAUCUCAUAAGUCAUGCGCCCGAUGGCGAAUGGUCAAAAAUUGCACCACUUCGAAUUCUCAGUUUUGACAUUGAAUGUGCUGGUAGAAAAGGUUCCUUUCCCGAAGCUAACAUUGAUGCGGUCAUACAGAUCGCCAAUACUGUCACUAUUCAAGGCGAAAAUAAGCCUUUUAUUCGUAAUGUUUUCACUUUAAACACUUGUGCUCCUAUUGUCGCUACCGAUUUAAUUGAAAAUCUUGAUGAACCUCAAUUGCUAAAUAGCUGGCGCGAUUUUGUAAUUCAAGUUGAUCCGGAUGUGAUAAUCGGUUAUAAUAUAGCAAAUUUCGAUUUGCCAUAUUUACUUGAUCGUGCUCAUCAUCUUAAACUACAUAUUGAGGGACGAAUUCAAUUCGAUAUACUUCAAGUAAUGCAACGUGAUUAUAAACUCAGAUCAUAUACUUUAAACUCUGUUUCUGCUCAUUUUUUGGGUGAACAGAAAGAAGAAGUCCAUCAUUCUAUUAUCACAGAUCUGCAAAAUGGCAACCGUGACACUCGCCGUCGUCUAGCAAUUUAUUGUUUAAAAGAUGCGUUUUUGCCUCAAAGAUUAAUGGAUAAGUUAAUGUGUUUUAUUAAUUAUAUGGAAAUGGCCCGAGUUACGGGAGUACCUUUCAAUUACCUUUUAGCGAGAGGACAACAAAUUAAAGUUAUAUCACAACUAUUCAGAAAAGCUUUUGAACAGGAUUUAGUUAUCCCUGCUUUAAAAUCAGAAAGUAGCGAUGAGCCAUAUGAAGGUGCAACGGUAAUUGAGCCACUAAAGGGAUAUUAUGAUCUUCCAAUCACAACCCUCGAUUUCAGUUCUUUGUAUCCGUCGAUUAUGAUGGCACAUAAUAUAUGCUACACAACACUAUUGGAUAAUAAUGAGAUAGCUGCAUUUAAUUUAAAACAAGAUGAGGAUUAUAUACUUACGCCUGUGAACGCGCGAUUUGUCAAAUCUUGUCAUCGUAAAGGCGUUUUACCAACUAUUUUGGAAGAUUUAUUAUCUGCUAGAAAAAAAGCCAAAACCGAUUUAAAAAACGAGACAGAUCCUUUCAAAAGAGCAGUACUGGAUGGUCGGCAGCUGGCUCUUAAGAUCAGCGCAAACUCUGUUUAUGGGUUUACUGGUGCGACUAUUGGAAAACUGCCUUGCAUUGAGAUUUCAUCAAGUGUAACAGCAUAUGGACGAGAAAUGAUUGAAAAAACAAAACAGGAACUGGAAAGUCAUUAUAAAAUAAUAAAUGGAUAUAAGAAUGAUGCCACAGUUAUUUAUGGAGAUACCGAUUCGGUAAUGGUGAAAUUUGGCGUUGAUAAUAUAGAGGAAGCAAUGAAAUUAGGCAAAGAAGCAGCUGAUAUUGUUACCAGCAAAUUCAUUAAGCCAAUCAAUCUAGAAUUUGAAAAAGUGUAUUUUCCAUAUCUAUUAAUUAGUAAGAAGCGUUAUGCUGGGCUAUAUUGGACAAAUCCAAAAAACUGGGACAAAUUAGAUACAAAGGGGAUUGAAACCGUUAGACGUGAUAAUUGUCUUCUUGUCCAAAAUGUAAUAGAGACGUGCUUGAGAAAAAUCCUUGUUGAUAGAGAUGUCGAAGGAGCUAAGGAAUAUACGAUGAAGACUAUAUCAGAACUUUUACAGAAUAAAAUAGACCUGUCACAAUUAGUAAUUACAAAAGCCCUAAGCAAAUCUGAAGACGAUUAUGCUGGAAAACAAGCUCACGUAGAGCUCGCAGGAAGAAUGAGAAAGCGUGAUGCAGGUUCAGCUCCAACUCUUGGGGAUCGCGUUGCGUAUGUAAUAGUGAAGUCCACCAAAGGUGCCGCUGCUUAUGAAAGAUCUGAAGAUCCCAUCUAUGUACUCGAGAAUAAUAUACCUAUUGAUACCAAAUAUUACCUUGAUAACCAAUUAUCCAAACCUUUAAUGAGAAUUUUCGAGCCUAUUCUUGGAGAAAAAGCUCAACAUUUACUUGAUGGUGAUCAUACACGUAAAAUUGCGGUCCAAACUCCGACUAUUGGUGGACUUAUGAAAUUCGCAGUAAAAACUGCAACUUGUCUGGGCUGUAAAACCCCUUUAUCCAAGAACGAAUCAGCAGUUUGUCAUCAUUGUAACACAAAAUUGGGCAGUUUAUAUCAUAAACAGCUGGAUACAGUUAAUAAACUCGAAAUUCAAUUUGCCCGAUUAUGGACACAAUGUCAAAGAUGUCAAGGAAGUUUACAUCAAGAUGUUAUUUGCACUAAUAAUAGUUGCCCGAUAUAUUUUGCUCGAAAAAAAGCACAAAAAGAUGUUCAGGAUGCUUAUGUUGUUUUAGACCGAUUCGACUAUGCAUGGUAG